CCCCCCGGGCCGUAGGUGUGGAGCUCAGAUCCGACACAAGACUCAUGUGAGCUUGCCACAUCUUGCCUAAUGGCAUAGCUCAUACUUUCACUUCUGUAAGAGAAGAGAUUUGGAUUCUUCCUAGUGGCAGUGAUCCUACCCAGUCACUGAGUUUCCAUGGGAUACAGAUCAUGUCUCAGGACUGCAUUUGGGUAAAGGAUGAGUUCAGUGUUUCUCUGAGGAGUCUUCCAACACAUUUUCCAAAUUACCUUUUAAUGGUGUUCUAAGUGAGCAUAUGUGAAACAAAUAGUAUUGGAUCAUGAGUGAAGAAAAAAACUUUGGUGCAUCCCAGAAAAUGUUGUCUCCUUCAAGAAGUACUAGCAGCUGCUCCUCCAAGCAGGGAAGUCGACAGCAGGACAGCUGGGAAAUUGUAGAAGGACUCCGGGGAGCAAUGAAUUGUACCCAGGAGCCACAGAAGCAGGAGGGAUGCUUGCUGAAAAAGAGGAAAUGGCCUCUGAAAGGCUGGCACAAGAGAUACUUCUUUUUGGACAGAGGGAUUUUGAAGUAUUCUAAAUGCCGAGCUGAUAUAGAGAGAGGAAAACUUCAUGGCUGUAUUGAUGUUGGACUUUCUGUCAUGUCUGUAAAGAAAUCAACAAAAUGUAUAGAUUUGGAUACAGAGGAGCAAAUAUACCACCUGAAGGUGAAGUCUCAGGAGCUGUUUGAUGAAUGGGUAGCAAAACUUCGCCAUCACAGAAUGUACCGUCAGAAUGAAAUCUCCAUGUUCCCUCACGACGCCAAUAAUAUUUUCUUCCCUGCAUCUACUACUACAGACUCUGUCCCUGGUUUCUGUGAUUCUACUCCAGGUAGAAAGGCAGGCAGCUUGACCAAACAGAAUUCAACGUCAACUGGAGGUAAUUUGUCAUUUUCAUUUUCGAGUAAUGAGUCCAGGAUUUCAUCUUGGCUCCAGUCUUCUGAAGACAUGGAAAAAUGCUCAAGAGACCUCUCCAACUGUCACACGUAUUUACUGGAAAUGAACCAGCUGUUACAGAGCAUGGAUGUUCUUCACAGGACAUAUUCAGCACCUGCUAUAAAUGCUAUGCAGGUUGGACCUUUUGAAAGCCCAAAGAAGGAAAAGAGAGCACACAGGAGGUGGCGAUCCAGAGUUGUUGGGAAAGAGGCUAAAGGAAUGUUACAGGUGCCUUCAGUAUUUUCUGCCCCUAUGAGACUGCAUGCUUCCAAUCCAAACUUAUCUACAAUAGAUUUUGUGGAGGAGAAAAAUUACUCUGAUGGCUCUGAAACCUCAUCAGAAUUUACUAAAAUGCAGGAGGACUUAUUUCAUGUUGCACAUAAAGUUUACUUCACCUUGAGGUCAGCUUUCAGCACCAUAUCUACAGAGAGAGAGAAGCUGAAGCAGAUGCUGGAGUAUGAUGCAUCCUCAUCUCCAUCUGCACAAAUAGUGGGCUUGAAGAAUGCCUUAACAUCUGCAAUAGCACAAAACACAGAUCUUAAAGACCGGUUACGCAGAAUACAUGCCGAAUCUAAGAUCAUUGAUUCAGCAUCUAGUGCAAAAUCGAGCCCAGAUUUGGCGAAGGAAAAUUCAAGAGAAGAAGGCAGAGGUCUGGUUCACCAGGUCUCCAAUGAAAGCAGACUGUCUAUAGCUGACUCACUCACAGAAUUUUUUGAUGCACAGGAAGUCCUACUGUCUGCUAGUUCUUCAGAAAAUGAGGUAUCAGAUGAUGACUCAUAUGUAAGUGAUAUCAGUGAUAAUGUCUCAGAAGAUAACCUAAGCAAUGACAUAGAGAAUGAAAGACAAACUUUAGAUUGCAUUUCUGAAAGCGGAAUUGGAUGCAAUUCUAAACGGAGAACGUGUUUACCAGCUCCAUGUCCUAACACAAGUAACAUCAGCCUAUGGAAUAUCCUGAGGAAUAACAUAGGCAAGGAUCUCUCCAAAGUGGCCAUGCCUGUUGAGUUAAACGAGCCACUGAACACCCUGCAGCGCCUCUGCGAGGAGCUGGAGUACAGCGAGCUCCUGGACAAAGCAGCGCACACACCAAACCCCUUCGAGAGGAUGGUGUACAUAGCUGCCUUUGCAGUCUCUGCCUAUGCAUCCAGUUACUACCGAGCUGGAAGUAAGCCAUUUAAUCCUGUGCUUGGAGAAACCUAUGAAUGUAUUCGUGAAGAUAAGGGUUUCCAGUUCUUUGCAGAACAGGUCAGUCACCACCCACCUAUUUCUGCAUGCCAUGCUGAAUCUGUGAAUUUUGCUUUUUGGCAAGAUGUCAGAUGGAAAAACAAAUUCUGGGGCAAGUCCAUGGAGAUUGUUCCAGUUGGCACAACACAUGUAACUCUUCCAGUUUUUAAAGACCAUUUUGCAUGGAACAAGGUGACAUCCUGCAUCCAUAACAUCUUAAGUGGGCAAAGAUGGAUUGAACACUACGGAGAGAUCAUCAUAAAAAAUCUUAAUGAUGACACAUGCCACUGCAAACUGACUUUCAUAAAGGCAAAGUAUUGGAAUCCAAAUGCACAUGAGAUUGAAGGCAGUGUCAUGGAUAAAUCUGGGAAAGUUGUGCAUCGACUCUUUGGGAAGUGGCAUGAAAGUUUAUACUGUGGGACAACUUCAUCUUCAAACUGCAUAUGGAGAGCAAAUCCAAUGCCUAAAGAUUAUGAACAGUGGUAUGGAUUUACACAAUUUGCACUGGAGUUAAAUGAACUGGACCCACAAACUAGGUCAUUACUCCCAUCCACUGAUACACGUUUUAGGCCAGACCAAAGGUGUCUAGAAGAAGGGAAUAUUGAAGGAGCUGAAGUACAAAAGCAGAGGAUCGAGCAGCUACAGAGGGAACGACGGAAGGUGCUAGAAGAAAACAAUCUAGAGCAUCAGCCUAGAUUUUUCAGGAAAUCCAGUGAUGACUCCUGGGUGAGCAAUGGAACCUACAUGGACCUUAGAAAAGAACCUGGUUUUUCCAAACUGGACAAUCCUGUCCUCUGGUGAAAGAGGAGCUAAGUGAAGAGAUUCUGUGCUGUAUUUUUGG